AUGGUGGAUUUGAAAGUUAAAGCUUGUAUGAGGUACUCGAUCGAUCGUGACUCCGCGCUAGCCUCUCCGUGGGUCCCCUCUCUUCUGGCUUCUCCCAUCUUCUCAUCGAUUCGGCUUCUGGACGAUCCUCGACUGGUUCGAUUAUCCAUCCCCGUCGUUAUCGAUCGGCUCUCGACUAGCUCCGCGGCGAGUUUUGCGCAUAGCUUCAGCAGUCUAGCCCCGCGCCGAUUGAAUAAAGGAUGCAACAUGUCCUUGAUCGUUCGAAAAGGAAGAUUACCGCCAAUGGACUUGAAUCGAUUGUGGAUAGAUUCCGAUGCUGUCAGCUACUCCCAAAGACCCAUCCAUACUCCCCAGUCACAACUUCACCUUCAAAGCCUCUUCCAUCAACCAAAACUAAAGAUGUCCUCUCGCUACUCCACCCCGGACUACACGCUUGACGACAUGCGCUCCGAGCCUUUGAUUGGAUAUGAUUAUGUUCAGAAUGGGAUUCGCUACUAUCCCGAUCGCGAUCAAUGGAGUCCUGCUUGGGAGCCGGAACCCUCUCAAGCUUCUCAACCAUCUCCAAAUGACAUGGUUGUGGAUCCACCAGUCGUUGAAGAGACUACACCAAAUACCGGAACCGCUAGUGGUUCCAAUGGGAAGGCGCCAAUUGACCCCGUGCUGUCUAACAAUCUUUUUCGAUCGACUAGUACUGGCCCCAUGGAGAAGAUCGUUAUUCCGAAAGGGAUGGAAAUCGUGGAAACCCCAGGCUACUACUACCCCCUCAAGGCGAAAUGGCAUUUCGUUUACGAUCCUCAAGAACGUUAUGACCUCUCCUCAAUUCCCACCGCAGUCCCCAGAUUAAGUAUUUAUAAUGACCCUCAUCCUUUCGUUUGUGUUGCGUGGAAUGAGAACGACCCGGAGCUUCCCCCCGGACUCCCGAUCCCCUUCUUGAAGACUUCGGCUCCGAUCAACUUAUUUUCGGCUUCUAGUUCUCCGGCUCCGUCUUCGCAAUCUAGCUCAGCGCCUUCAACCUCGUCCGGCGCUUCGUCCACUGCUUCAUCGGCCUAUCCCCCAAUCUCCGCUUAUAUCGGCUUGAACCAUCAAGGGGUUCAACGACUCCUCCUUGACAACAACAACCCGCCAUCCGCCGUGUGUAUUUAUACUGAAGAAGAUGUUAUGCACAUCUUUGAAGGUAUCGCUCCCGAUUACGUUCAUAUGUGCUCGGAGUAUCCACCAUCCUCUUUAGCCGAAUCCGACCGUCGAGUGAUGUUCUUUGAGAACAUGCAAUGGCAUUUCAGAAAUAAAAGAUCUACUUAUUUAAGUACCAGAGAGUCUUAG